GCCCAAGAGUUGACCUUCCUGUUCUCCUCCCCUUUCCCUUUGUAGACAUGACCCACGUACACUCCAAAACUCCACACUCCCCCUUUCCUUUCCAAUUCCACCACAGUGUUGCAGGUUUCACCUUUUAAAACUACCUUUACACCAUUCUUGCUAUAUAUAUAUCAUCCCUCAUCUUCUUCCUGAUUCGCUCGCCUCUUAGCUAGUUCCUUCAUCAUAACUUUUAAAUUCGUUUCUUCCCAACUUCCUUCACUCGUUUCAAUUCCCCAAAUAGAUAUCAAAGAUAACACAUUGUAUGAUUAUAGUUUCGCCACUCAAUCUUUCUUUCAUCUAGCUCACUUCAUUAGCCUGGCUAUCUUCAAACUUCCUUCUCCUUAGCUCAACAUUUAUAAAAAUCUCCCAAGUAUGUAACUUCAGAUUUUUUUUUUCUUUUUUUAAAAAGAGAGGAUCGUGAUUCGUUCUGGCUCGUAUUCAAACGAUUGUGUAGCCAUACCUUUAUAAAAGUCGACAAAUUAUGUAAGGUACUUGCCAUUCAACCUACAUCCUACUCAAAGAAAAAAGAAAAAAAAAACUGUAUUUAUAGCAUAUUAUAUAAGCCGAAGGGAAGAGGGCUGGGCCGAGGGAUCGAUAUUUGAAAUGGAAAGUGGGUAUGGGCAAACGCCGCCCGUAUCAGCACCGGCGACGCCUGGAACGCCCGGAGGUCCGCUGUUUACGUCCCUGCGAAUCGACUCUCUGUCGUAUAGUGACCGCAAGUCAAUGCCCCGUUGCAAGUGUCUGCCUGUUGAUGCUCCAUCACUCGGUGCACCUCACUCCUGUUUCACUGAUUUCCCUGCUCCCGACAUCUCUCUCACCCGAAAGUUGGGAGCAGAAUUCGUGGGAACGUUUAUCUUAAUAUUCGCAGCAACAGCAGGACCAAUAGUGAACGAGAAAUACUCAGGAUCGGAGUCAUUAAUCGGAAAUGCAGCAUGUGCAGGGCUAGCCGUGAUGAUAAUAAUACUUUCCACCGGUCAUAUCUCCGGAGCCCAUUUAAACCCAUCUCUCACCAUCGCAUUUGCAGCACUGCGCCAUUUUCCAUGGGCACAGGUCCCUGCUUACAUCUUAGCACAAGUAUCAGCCUCCAUAUGUGCUUCUUUUGCUCUCAAAGGCGUCUUCGAUCCCUAUAUGUCCGGUGGUGUCACCGUCCCUUCUGUCAGCACCGGCCAAGCUUUUGCCCUUGAGUUCCUCAUAACCUUCAAUCUCCUCUUUGUCGUCACAGCUGUUGCUACUGAUACUCGUGCUGUGGGAGAAUUGGCGGGUAUUGCAGUUGGAGCUACUGUUAUGCUCAACAUUCUUGUUGCCGGACCUUCGAGUGGUGCUUCAAUGAACCCAGUGCGUACAUUAGGUCCAGCAGUUGCAGCAGGGAACUACACAGUGAUAUGGAGCAACCACGUGAGGCCCGAAGCUUUCGUCGCUAGAUGCUGCCUGCUCGGGACACAGGGGUACCUUAAUUACUCUCGGGGAAGGUGAGUGUGUGGUGCGAAAUACUACGUAUAUCUUAUAUGGUUUGCUAGCUUGCUUAGACGAGUAAUCAUGUAUGUAUUUUCAAAGUUGUGAUGUGAGAUAUCUGUUUAAUUAAUGACUCUUGAAGAAUAUGUUCGAUAUUUGUGGAGUCCAUAGUUACUUUCAAAGGAGUCCUUGUGAAGAAAGAGCAACAUUGUAACAUAUAUAAUUAUAUAUA